UUCGGUAAAAAAUAAGUGUUUGUUUGUAUUAUAAAAAUUCUACUAAAAAAGAAAAUACUUUAGAGUCAACAUUGACAGUGGAAUAAACCUACCAUAUACCUUCUCCACUCACAAGACAUUUUAUUUAUAUAGGCAUUUAACACAAUCUCAAACACCAAAGACCCAAAAUUUUUACAUCACAAAAAAUACAACCAUUCCUCCUCUUAGUUUCAAGACUCAAUAAAAAUGGUGGAGAGGGAUCAGGUUAGACCACUAGCACCAGCAUCCGACCGGCCACAUAGCAGCGAUGACGACGAUACAACGUUAAACAUCAAAAAAAGGUUUCAUCAAAGAAGAUGUUUCAAAUAUUGUGCUUGUGUAUCAACCUUUGUUUUCCUUGUAGCCAUAAUAAUCAUUAUUUUGAUCUUCACAGUGUUCAAAAUAAAAGACCCUAUUAUUACAAUGAACGGUGUCACAGUUGAAAAACUAGACCUCGUUAACACUAGUGGCACCCUUUUACCUAUACCUAAACCAGGUUCCAACAUGACCAUAAAAGCUGAUGUCUCUGUGAAAAAUCCUAAUUAUUCAUCAUUUAAGUAUAGUAACACGACCACCACUAUUUCCUAUCGCGAUACGGUCGUCGGGGAGGCGCGGGGCCCACCGGGGAAAUCAAAGGCAAGGAAGACUAUGAGGAUGAACGUAACGAUUGAUAUUAUGACAGAUAAGAUUAUGUCACAUCCUGGCUUACAAGAUGAUAUUAAUAGUGGUUUGCUUACUAUGAAUAGCUACACAAGUGUUGGUGGGAGAGUUAAAUUGUUGAAUAUGAUCAAGAAAUAUGUUGUUGUGAAGAUGAAUUGUAGUAUUACUGUGAAUAUUACUAGCCAGUCAAUUCAAGAUCAGAAGUGCACCAAAAAGGUUAAGCUUUAGAUAGAUAGAUUGAUAUUAGUUAGUUUUUUUCAUGAUAUUUAAUUUUUGCUACUACAUCUUUUGGUUUAGAUGUUACUAUAUAUAAGAAUUUUUUUUAUAACAAUCA